UGAUUUCCCCCGGGGGGUUCUUCCCCAAAUCAGUCCCGAGUCCACAGCUUGGUCUCUCUUGUUGCCAUCCUCUCCAGCCGAUGACCACGAUGAUCGAUAGGACUCGAAGGGUGACGAUGCCCUUAUCACGACUCAGCCGAUCAGCUUCGAAGACCAAGCUGUUUUAUCAACCUAUCCGACCGAUCAUGACUGGAACUCACGCCGAUAAGCUGGGCCAACUGACGCGGUCGAUUCAGGACUGGUUCGACUCGCCCAGGUUUUCGAACACCCAACGCUCGUAUUCGGCAGAGCUGAUAGCCACAAAGCGAGGCAGUCUUCCGGUCCAUCAGGAUUGCUAUGCGAACCUCCAAGCCAGGAAGUUGCGCAAACUGCUCACUGACGCACAGCAGACUCAUCAACCCGUUCUGACCAUGGGCGCACUCGAUCCGGUCCAACAAUCCCAGAUGGCCCAUCAUCUGCCGGUGGUCUAUGUUAGUGGAUGGGCUGCCUCGAGUACCUUUGUCCCGGGAACGCACGAGGUCGGGCCCGAUCUAGCAGACUAUCCGUACCACACCGUGCCCACGGCCGUCCAAAGACUCGUCAAAGCUCAGCAACUACAUGAGCGCAAAGAAUGGGAUGCUCAAUGUUCGGAGACCGAUAUGGGUCGAGAACCGGUGGACUAUCUGAAGCCGAUCAUUGCGGAUGGAGACAACGGACAUGGAGGACUAUCGACGGUGAUGAAGCUUGCCAAGGCGUUCGGGGAGGCCGGCGUGGCGGGGGUGCAUUUCGAAGACCAACUGGUAGGAGGGAAGAAGUGUGGCCAUCAGGCGGGCAAGGUGUUGGUGCCGACGUGCGAACAUCUGAGUCGACUCAGGGCGGCCCGGAUGCAAUGGGAUAUCAUGGGUCUCGAGACCCUCUUGAUCGGCAGAACUGACGCCGAAAGCGCCAAGCUCAUCAGCUCUGAUCAUGACCCUCGUGAUCAUCGCUUCAUUCUCGGAAUCGAAACUUCCGCCCGGACGCUCAAAAAAGCCUUGGCUGAGGAAAUCAUCCUCGCUGAGGAACGUGGCGCAUCUGGUGAAGAGAUUAAUGAGAUGGAGAAGAAAUGGACAGAUUCAGUCGAGCUAAUCACUUUUGAUCAAGCCGUUGGACGAGCUUUCGAACGACACCAAAUCCCAUCGAGCAAAUAUGCAGAAUAUCUGAAAGAAGUCGAAGCCAAAGAGCUAUCACACCAAGCCUCAUCCAGGCUUGCGAUCGAGAUGAUCUCGACCAGCACCAAUGGAAAGCAGACGCCAGAGAAGAUAGGCUGGAAUUCGCAACUUGCUCGGACCAGGGAAGGCUAUUAUAGGUUCAAUGGCUGUCUCCAAGCCGCCGUUAAUAGGGCCUUGAAGUUCUCGCCCGUCGCCGAUCUCGUUUGGAUCGAAACUAAGGAACCCGAUCUCCAGAAGGCUCAGUCUAUCGCUGCUCAAAUCCAUCAUCAAUUUCCUAAUCAGAAUCUCGUUUACAAUCUUUCGCCCUCUUUUAAUUGGUCUCAUCACGGCUUUUCGGAUGAAGAUUUGAAGGGAUUUGUAUGGGACCUAUCUCGGGUCGGCUUCAACCUGCAACUGAUUUCCUUAGCGGGUCUACAUUCGACAGCGACGAUGACGGCUCAAUUGGCUAAAAGGUUUAAAGAGGACGGGAUGCUCGGGUACGUCCAGUCCAUCCAACAAGUCGAGAAGCAAAUCGGCUGCGACGUGCUCAAGCAUCAGAAAUGGAGCGGAUCCGAAUACAUCGACCGGAUCUUGAGUGCUGUCUCCGCUGGCUCUUCUGCUACAGCUGCAACGGGGGCCGACUCGACUGAAAAAACUUUCUGAAGCAUGCAUUUUUUUUCUUAUUCAUGUACAUUUUGUCGUCGUCUUUUAGUUGUACUAUGUAGCCGUCGGGCUACAUAUCUGGGAAACCCGACCGCUACUUAAAGCGGCUGGUUGGCUUAGCCUAGUCCAAGCCCCUUGGCUCACCCUUUAUAAUUACUAUGUACGAUAUCAAGAGUGUUUUGCAUGUUCAAUACAUCUUCGAGACGACUUCGCCAACCAGGAAAUACAGCGGCGGUACCAUCGAGAACGUCGACCGUCGAGAUUAGCGACGAGACGUUCUGGACUUGUCGAGCAGACUUCCUCACGAUUCAAAGCAAGAAAAAACUAAUUAGAG